UCAACGCAACGCUGGUGAACAAAUUGUCAAAAAGGCUUUUGGCCGUUGAAAUAAACGAAGGCUCAACGCAGCCCAUCGUUCUGUUAAUGUCUGAUGAGAUGCAACAUCAGAUACGUAAAAGCCUCGUUCUGGUUACCGUGCCCCAUAAGAAGAUCAAUGUUAGGAUGACGUCACGCAAAUCUCCACAGGAAAUUGAUCUUUCGGUGGCGAGCCAAGGUGAAGAGGUCGCGUCUAUUAAGGGUCCCUUCACUUGGGUGAGAAGCCAAGGUUCUCUUCACCAAAAGUCCCACCUCGGUAUCCGCAUCAGUGGACCUGAGAGCAGAUCGUAUCACGUAGACACUGAAAUAGAUAUUUCCUCGAACAAAAACAAGGUUUUGUUUACGAUCAAUAAAGCCCAGCAGCUACUGAUCUCCUACCAACACGAUGUCAGUGGAAAUUAUGAGUCAGGCUUAUCCGCCAUGAGCAAAAUUGAAAUUCCAGAAAAAAUCAAAACCGAUUUCAAGCUGGAGAAAUCUUCGUCGCACGUACAGUCCGAUGGUGAAGUGAAACUUGAGGUCUACUCGCCUCACCACCUGCAGUAUCAAGUGAGCGUCGAUAGAAGUGGUUCACCCCACCAACCUGAAGGAAAAUUUUCUGCUAAGAUUUAUUUGGACAAAAUCAGAGAUCCUGAGCACAACGUUCAACUCAGCGGCACUUAUAUGCUGGAAGAUAAUUCUCACUUCUCUCUGAGAGGCGAUGCCAGAAUUGCUCGGGAGAGCUACCAUUAUGCUCUGACUUCAUCACUGGAGGGCCAACAAUCGUGGAGGAACAUCGACAAACACGUCAAGCUGCAAAUCAUGAAGGAGUCUGAAGAGUUUCUUACUCUUCUUAGCUCGCAAAAAUUCCACUUAGAGCCUCAACAUUCGUUGGAGCUUGACAGUGAGCUUUCACUCGUCACACCAAGCAAGAAAGAGUACUACCUCAAGAAACAGCUUGAAGUCAGCCACGAAGACUCCGCGACGCAGAUUAAGAAUAGCUUCACGUCUCAUGUCACUGAUAUUGGAGAGUUCAAAUCUACAUUCAGCCUCAACAGUCACUAUCAACCUGACCUCGCACUCCAACUCGAAGGUGAAUUGUCGUCAUCCGGCCUCAAUGAAGCGCAGCCUGCACUUCAGAUCAACUAUAAAACUGACCUGGAAAUGUCCCCAUCAAGCCUCCGUCGGCUGGACGCUGCCAUGAACUGCGAUAUUUCUGGCGAAAAACUCAAUGUUCAAGUUUCGGAAUCAGAAUCAGACCGUGAAGCGUCCCUUAAGGUGCUAAAGAAUGACCGGACGAUCCUAUUUGCUCAUAUUUUGAGGGAAGAACAGGACGGUUUGUCAGCUAAAUUCGAUAUUCCACCUCAUUCAUUUGCAGUUUCUGGACGAUACAAUAACCAAGAAAAAUCAUUAGUUAUCUAUCCCAACUCUGGAGAGCAACAUGGAAAGUUCACUGCAAAAUUCACCAAUCAAUUCUCUGAACCCGAACAACAAAUGAAUGUUUUGUUAGAGUACCCACAUGCAGGUCGUCAGAAGAUGGUAGUCGGGAAAUUCUCUUCCGGAGACGCUUCCACGAACGGUCACGUCUCGUUUGACGUUUUCCCCCACAGCGAAGAAGCCAUCAACAUCAAAGUGAACGCAACGAGACUUGGCGACGACAUGAUGCGUUAUGAGGCAUCCGUGCUUUCCUCUUCGGAUGUUGCGGAUGGACCUCGCGUUGUCAUGGACGUAACUGCUGCUGAUCACGAGAAGGCUUUGCUUGUGGCGUACAGAUCCAAUUUGGAGUCUGCCCCAUCUUCUUUGUUAGCUGCGAAGUACAUCAAACAGUCGCAGCAGUCGGGCAUUGUGUCUGUGCUCCUUAAAACUCAGAACAAAAAGUUCGAAAUCGGCGGCGUAUUAAAGAAGGAGCAUACAAUAGGAUGUCAAGGCUACAAUCUCAACACCACUGUGCUGUCUCCAAGUGAUAAAACGUACGCCUUGCAGAUCGAAACCUGCUCUCCGGCUUUCAUUAAGGUCAUUACAGGCGCCAAAGAUGCCCCAGAAGAGAAGUACGUCAUCAAAGCCGGGGUUAAGAGCAUGACUCAUGCAGAGCUGAGUCUGACCAAGAAUAUGCGGGUACCUGCAAGCGGGUGGGUGAAGAAGUGGAGUGGCAGUGAGUUCGAGCAGAAAGAAGUUCCAGUCGCAGCAGUUGCGGCAAAACUUGUUGGCUCCCAGACCUUGGCUCUCAAGGCUCAGUACGACCAGGACAUAUUAGCUCCAACUAAGUCAUUGAUGUCACGUGAGCUCUCCAGCGCCGUUGACGCCGCAUCAGACUUCAUCGAAGAUUUCAAGAACACAGUAAACGAAGACUUCGCCCAGCAGUUCGCAGGAACGCAAAAUACUUUCGAAGCCUUGAAACGGGCGUUGAUGAAUCUGCAAGACUCCACCGUGGCGAUGGAGGUGCAACAGAGUUUUUUUAAAUUGCCAAGCUUUAUGCCGCUCAUCAAUGCAACUCAGCAGUUGAUCAGGUCUCUGGAAGAAUCCGUCCAACGUUUCUGGGAAAAAACUACCGACAUAUUGGAAGAUAUCGAAACGUUCAUGGCUGACACUGAAGUGGAUAACUCGUUAUUCGACCGGCUAAUUCCACGCAAUGUAGAUUCCCUGCUGGACAAGGCCUGGGAGACGCUGCAACUGCCAUCGCUGGAGCGCGUUACUAACAGCUGGACGUCCAGCUAUCCACGAGCUCAAGCUGCGGUCCAGACGCUCGUAGGAAAUCUUGCAGAGCUCGUGCGGCAAACUGCCAGCGACCUGCGCGAGUAUGGCAAGCUGCUGCUGCUGCAAGACGAAUCCUUGCACUCUGCGCGAGACGCUGCCUUGCGUAGCUUAAAAAGUCUGCGAGAGCGCGACUUCAUUUCUAUGCUGCAUUACUGGCUGUUGGCUCCGUUCAACAUGGGGCUCUAUGUGGGAAAUUCAACCAUUCAGCUGAACCUGCCUCUCCAACAGCCUACAGGGUCACUAAUGACAGCCUUAAUCACCCAACCUCCUCCAUAUCCGCCCUUUCCAAAGUAUUCUAUGACACUUUCCGCUUCGCUGCUGCUUACCGUGAGAAAGCAGGUCAUAGCUGUGCCAUUUUCUAGCUGUGAAUAUGUUCUGAGCAAAAUGAACUCCGGAAAGGAUAAGGCCAUAGUAACUUUCAAGGACGCAAGAUCUGCAGACUUUUCUGUGCAAUUCAAGUACGGCAAACACUCGCAUGACAUCGUGACCAUGAACAGUAAAGGUCAUCCAACCUUGAUCAAUUCCGAAGCUCAACCAGUUAACUUUACGAGGUUUAUUGGGGGCAUGCGAGUUUCGGGCAAUGAAAGGGCAGUUCAGAUCAUGUGUCCUGAUGUUGAGUGUAUGUGGGAUCUACAGUCGCAUACCGUUGUAGUCAAAUCUGUGGAACGCCACUCCACCUACGGCGUUGGCUGGACCAAAUACCCGAGAAAUCCCACUCCUGAUCAGAUCAUUAGGAAAUUUAACAAAGAAAAAGUUGACUCCAAAUGUAAACCUUAAAAAUGUGUUGAAUCCAGAUGAUGUUGGAACAGAGUUCGAACGUAACAUUCAAACUCAUGUGCAUUCAAAAAGAACAUGUGCGCAGUUUCUUAUAAAAUUUACAAAUGUUUCUAUACUAAUAAUGGAAAUUUUUAAAUAUAAUUCCGCGAAAGUGACUUCUGCAUGUGUUAAUUGACCAUGAUAGAUCAAAUGAAAGAAAUGUUAAGGUCAAGAUCCCUUUAUAGGUUCAGAAAAUUACUUCAAUUUGUGUGAAGAUUUUAAUUUUAAUUAAUGCGAAUUAUGACAUAAUAUUGUCUGAAUGUUGAUACGCUAAAUAAAAUAAGUUGUCCUACGAGCAGAUAUGACAAAAAUGAUGCGAUUAAACCGAUGUUAAGUGAGGCGCAAAUUUAGAAGUGCAAUAGUUUCUACACUGUCUGAAUUAUAAGAAGAAUGUUACUGCUAUUGAAUCAUUGUGUUUCAUCCCGAUUUUUUGGUGUAAAAUGUUCAUUUCAAGUGUUUGGAGUGUCAUAGUGUUUUUUAAUUAUUGUAAAACAAGAACCUUUUUGUGGAUUUAACGCCAUCACAAGUCUGGUUUUGCCUAAGAUGUUCAUCGAUGUCAUUUUAUGUAAAAUGUUCAGGUGCAUUUAUGAAAUAAGAGGUAUAUUUUUAUUUAGAUUUUACAAUAUGCUGCCGGCGUUCUUUGUUAAUUCUACUAAAUUACAAGGGGAGUGAUUUUUAUUUGACAAUUAAUUUUAUUCGUAUGUUUAAGUUGCGUUAAAAAUUCUUUACCAUAAUCUUACUAUGAAUAAUAUUAUAUAGCAAUUACCGAUUCAAAUUAUCUUCAAUAAUUUUUAAGCACCAUUCGAUGAGAUUGUCUUCAUUACUUUUUCUAUUUUUCUUUCAAACACUGGUGGACGGAAUAUGUUCAGGUAUCAAUGUUUUAUGGAAUUUAUGAGAGAAUUUCAAGCAUUUUUGCAACUGAGAUGUCAUCUUUCUUGUAAGUAAUAGCAUGAAAAAAUACAGAGGUGCUAAACCUAAUAACAUUUACCGUGCAAGAUUCUGAUGCACGAGUAUCAAGCCCAACUUCGUUUCAAUUUAACACAAUUUCACUGAAUUUUAUUGAAAAUGUAAGCCAUAAGUAAGUUUUUAAUUUCGUAUUAAUACCGAGCAGGGCCAUAAUUGAAGUUUUUAUUUCAGUUUCAUUUUUCGCGGCUAUCUUCUAAACUUAAUCAAAUCAAAUGAGCUCCCUCGGAAAUACCUUCGAAUCAUUCACUUAUCAGUUUAGCCCAGAUAAUGAGUCCUGUAUUAACAAAUUGUUUUCUUUAUGCAUGAAUUACAACUAAGGGAACACGUGUAAUUGAAUAGUUUAAGUGCCAUUUUGAAAUUGGAAAUGUUGUCUUUCUAUAAUGUUUACAAUAUCAGUUAGCUCAUAUUGCAAAUCAACCAAGAAAUCAAGACCUAAAAAAAUUACAAGUAAAUAUAGUGAAUUUUUUGAAGUAA